UUAACGUUUUGCCAAAGAUGAGGAGAGAUAGAGAAGAUGGUUACACUUCUCGAGGAGAAACAAACGGGCAAUCUCCAACCAUACGUGAUGCACUGCAUUAUGUCAGUGCUGUGAGGAACACAUUUCAUGACGACAUAGGGAAAUAUGAGACAUUCCUUGAGGUCAUGAAGGACUUUAGAGCUCAGAGAGACGACCAUAAUGGUGUCAUUAAAAGAAUAAAAGUUUUGUUCAAUGGUCACAACGACCUAAUAUUAGGUUUUAAUACUUUCUUACCCAAAAAGUAUACAAUAACCUUUCCGUUGGAGGAAGAGAAACCGAAGACCAGGGUAGGUUUCCAAGAUGCUUUCAGUUUCGUCACCAAGAUUAAGGCAAGGUUCUCAAGUGAUGAACAUGCGUAUAAAAGGUUUCUAGACAUCAUGGAGAUGUAUCGAAAGGAAAGAAAGUCCAUCAUUGAUGUCUACGAAGAGGUUACUAUUCUCUUCAAGGGUCAUGAUGAUCUGCUCGUGGAGUUCCUUAAUUUCUUACCUAAUUGUGCUGCAAUUUCUGACAUGCUUCCAAGGCAUUCUGAUAAGGUCGAAAACUGUGAUGAAAAGCUGGUUGUUUUCUCUGGUGGUAAUUCUACUGGAAAUUCCCUUGCUAAAGAAGGUCAGGGAGGCUAUUUGAACGUGGCAGAAAAUGGGCCAAUUCAAGAUCAUCAAAGUUGUCAAGAUGGUGGAAGAGAUACAGAUAGAGCUGACAAAACAGCUAGCAGUGUAAGCCAAAUUAUUGCCUCCUUCCAAAGGAUGUGAGUGACUCUUUUUCCAUAAUAACAUCGUUCUACUACACUGGAAUUACUGCGUUAUACAGUUUUCUUGUAAAAUGGUUGGUGUUUGCCCAUGCAAUAUCCAUAUGAUAAUUCUAAAAGUGGUCUUUAUUAAGAUACAAUUUAUCAUGAAGCUGUGUAUCUGUUACCGAUAGUGCAUCAUCCUCUCAAUCAGGAUCUAUCACAACCGCUUCUUCAGAUUCUUCGCCAUACUUCUUCUUUGUAACAUAAUAGUCAUUCUGGUAUAUGCCUACUUCUUUCAGAACCAGCAGGUAAUUCUAGACCCUGAGUGUGAUCUAGAACCGACCCUAACAUUCCUCACAAUAUUUUUUUUCUCAGACUUGCCUCUAGCAUAAUAUCAUUCUCCAUGUUCAUGUGAAACCCUAGAGGUUUUAAGAUCUUGAUCUUUCGGAAUUGGUUCCUUUGAAUCAAACGACAAAUCCCAAUUCCUCACAAUAUGGUUACACAUGUUCGGAAUUGGUUCCUUUGAAUCAAACGACAAAUCCCAACAAAAACGCCUAGUCGCUUCUGUACCCGAGUAUCCUCAUCUUGAAUCACUUUGAGGUACACAUGUUCAAGGUUCGGAAUUGGUUCCUGCAUAAGUAGCAAGGAACAAACAGUUCCGAACACAUUCUCAUCAAGAUACAUCAGAAAGUCAUGGACCUUGUCUUCCUCCCAUUGUGCCCUUAGCCUUAAGGUUACACUGAACUUGCAUGUACAUCCAUUGCAAACACAGCUCAGCAUUGGACGGUAACAUGCCAAACUGUCCCAAAUCUUUGUAAGUUUUCCAAAGCAUGUCUCGAUCAUGACACCAGCUUAAUGGCAGUUUACAAGUUACUUCCUCAGAUGCUGAACACGAGGUCCGUUCGUCACACGAAAUCGUCUGCAUAUGUGUUCCAACAAGUCUGUAGCAAGCGGUUUGUGUGAGAUGUUCAAUCGCAGCCUUUGGUCAAUCGUCAUCUUGAUCCAUUGAUGGUCUUCCAAUCUUCAUAGUCGGAUGAGUCUUCAGCUGGCUGGGGAAGACUCCCGUCUACAAAUCCAAAUUUCUUCAUUGAGCUCAAAGCAGU